UUUUCAGCUACCGGGCAUUGAGUGUGUACAAAAGACGUCAGUAGUGUAUUCUUUGCAAAAGCAUUUCCACAUCUGCCUGACUGCCUGUCGUCAGUGGUUGUUUGAGAGCUAAACAAAAGAGCGGAGAACAAAAAAAAACUGAAAGCAUUCCGACAUUUGGCCAACACAACGCAGAAAACUAAGUGCAUCAUCAUCGGUCAGUCACAACGGGUACAGAGUGUGGAAAAGACCUAACAGAUACAAUUCCUUUACUCCAAAGAAAAAGUGAAAAUUGGCAAAGAAAAACAUCCAUUUAAUAUUGGCCAGUUGGUUGUUGUGGUGUCAAGUGAAAACCGAAAAUAGCAAAUUGGAAUUCUUCUGGCUGCAUAACACAAAUAUAAGUGAAAUUUCAAAUUGUCCAACAGAAGAACAUUGAACCCAACAAGAAGACAAGAAAUUACCAUUCACAUUUCCAAGUGCCUUGAAAAGAAAACUAAAAACAACAACAAUAAAAAAGAAGAAUACUAGAACUUUUGUAUAGAUACUCGUGGAAUUCAAAUGGAAAACUGACACACACGAACAACAUAAGGGAGGAAUAGUACUGCUGACAUACAUCCAUCUGCCUGGCUGUCUGCCUUUAUUGUGGGAACAUUGCAUAAUAAUAUUUUUUAAUUAUUUUGGCAUUUUAUUCAACAUUUUUACCCCCAAACGUUGCCAUCAAACCAUAGAGGCUUGUGUUGCUGUGAAAGAGCUUGACCAUAACCUUACCCAAUGGCUCGUCCAAUUAAUGAUAAUAUAAUCCCCAUUGCCGUGGGCAUUGUUGCUGUGGUAGCCGGUGCUGUCAUCGUCCAUUAUCUAAUUAAUAAGAAAUCCACAAAGAAAUCCCGCCCAGAACCAAAUAGAACGGCACGCCUACGCACCCUGAUCGAUGCCAAUGACAAAUAUCAGCUGCCCUUGAUCGAAAGAGAAGAGCUGAGUCAUGAUACCCGGCGUUUCCGUUUUGGUUUACCCUCACAUCAGCAUAUUUUGGGUCUGCCCGUUGGCCAGCAUAUUCAUUUGAUUGCCACCAUUGACAGUGAAUUGGUGAUACGUCCCUACACCCCCAUCUCGUCGGAUGAUGAUGUUGGCUAUGUGGAUUUAGUUGUUAAGGUUUACUUUAAAGAUGUCCACCCCAAAUUCCCGGCUGGUGGUAAAAUGUCCCAGUAUUUGAAUCAAAUGAAAAUUGGCGAUAAAAUUGCCUUCCGUGGUCCAUCGGGUCGUUUGCAAUAUUUGGGCAAUGGCAACUUCUCCAUUAAGAAAUUGCGCAAAGAUCCUCCCAAGACUGUGACAGCCAAACGUGUCAACAUGAUUGCCGGCGGUACUGGUAUUACACCCAUGUUGCAAUUGAUCCGUGAUGUUUUGAAACACAACGAGAAGGAUAAGACCGAAUUGGCUUUGUUGUUUGCCAAUCAGAGCGAAAAAGAUAUUUUGUUGCGCAAUGAAUUGGAUGAAUUGGCCAAGAAACAUCCUGAACAGUUCAAAGUAUGGUAUACCGUUGACAAGGCCACUGAAGGCUGGCCCUAUGGCGUGGGUUUUGUCAACGAAAACAUGGUUAAGGUUCAUCUAUUCCCUGCCGACGAUUCAACCAUUACCCUGAUGUGUGGCCCACCACCAAUGAUCAAUUUCGCCUGUAAUCCCGCCCUUGAUGCUCUGGGCUAUCACCCCGAUACUCGUUUUGCUUAUUAAACUGUGGCCACCAGUCAGUCUGAGUGUGUUUUUCUUAUACAAAUGUCAGUCGCCGCCAAAUUUUUGGUUAAGCACACCACUCCAUAUUUAUGCUGGGCCGGUGGUCACUGUUAUGCUUUAGCACUACUCAGGCAUAUAUAUUUUUGGAAGUAACAAGCAAGGUUUUUUUUAAUUUAAAAUUUAGUUAAAAUGAAUUGCAUUUUGUUAAGUAGUCACUCAUCAAUUGUUGUAAAAAAUUUGAAUUUGAACAUUUAAUUUUCUUCUAAGAAGCCAAAUUAUAAAAAAAAACAUUUGAUUAUUAGCUGUCAUAUGUUUGUUUUGAGAACAAACAAUAAACAUGAGAAACAAAUUAAAAUGUGAGAAAAAUAAACAAA